UCUAGCUGUGCUGUCAUUGAUUCAGUAGUAACAGAGCAGACUGCUAUCAAGAGUGGCUGCAGCGAGGGAGAGAGAGAGAGAGACAGAGCGAGAGAACGAGAGAGAGAGCGAGAGACAACAAGGAGACCGGAAGACACAAGUAAGAGCGUGACAGAGAGAGACAGAAAGAGUGAGAGUGAAGGGAGAGAAGCGAGGGAUUAAAGAGCAUUAGAGCAGUCACCUCCUGGCUAUUUGCCUGCUGACGCAAGCAGCCUCCUUUGUUUUUGCCAUCCCUGAUAUGACCCUGUUCAAGAGUGAACAUCGCAGCCCACGAUACAUGAGCAUGACCGGAGAGCUGAAAUCGAGCCGUUCCAAGACGGGAGGAGCCAAGAGGCCCAACAGCGCCAUGUACGGAUCAGAGUAUGACCUGGACUAUGACUGCUACCAGGAGGACUUCUAUGACAGGGUGUAUGACUACCAGCGUGUGCCCUCGGCGAUGCCCGCCGUGCCCCACGGCUCCAGCCUGCCCAAGCGCUCGCGCUCCUCCUCCAGCUCGACCAGCCUGAGACGCAGCAGGGACCGGCCCUCCUCCAAGAGCUCCAGACCCCACUCCUCCAGCAGGGCCAAACUGAAGAUGGAGGAGCUGCAGACCAUCAAGCGAGAGCUGACCCUGAUUAAGGUUCAGAUCGACGGGCUACUGGAUAACCUGGACAGGAUGGACAGGCAGAGGCAGGAUCACACAGGAUCCCCAAUGUCCAGGGAGGGCAGUCUCGGAGGCUCCCCCUACCACGCAUCAGCCAGCAGCCCUGAGGCGUCUCCACGGAGCCCCAGCCCCCGCCGCCGCUGUGCCCGGCGAGACAGCCCUGAGCUGGGGGAGGCCAGCGAUGACGAGCCCCACACGAUGCAUCAUCACAGCUCAGACCUGGAAGAUGAAAUGUGAGAAGGCUGUCACAGCUCCGAGACGAAGCUGGACGUCGGUGAUGUGAAACAAAGAGAAGGAGCGCCAAACAUGGAGGAAGAGCACACUACACCCCUGUCUUUUUUUCAUGUAGUUACCAUGCCAACACCAGCCGCAGAACACUACUAUCCCCCAUCAGCCCACCACCACCCCUCUGCAGUGUGUGUGUUCGUGUGUGUGUGUGUGUGUGUGUGUGUGUGUGUGUGUGUGUGUGUGUGUUUGUUUGUGUUUGUUUGUGUAUGUGUGUGUGUGUGUGUGUGUGUGUGUGUGUGUGUGUGUGUGUGUGUGUGUGUGUGUGUGUGUGUGUGAGUGUGUUUCAUGGGUGUGCCUGCAGCUACGUGCUAAAUCAGUGCUGUAGGGUCUCCAAAAGGCUCAUCAUCUGAUCAGCAGACACAGCCCUCUGCCCCUGAUAUUAGUUCCUACCCUGAACUUACUUUACUGUUUUUAUUCAGCAAAUGAAAUGAGCUCCAUCUGUGACAAACACACUUCACUGGCGUGGUAAUUACAGCCAUCUAUUGGAAAAAAAGAGCACCAUACUUCCCAUAGUUAAUCUCUCCUGUGAAUUGCUCACCAACACACACACACACACACAGACACACACACACACACACACGCACACACGCACACACGCACACACGCACACACGCACACACACACACACACACACACACACACACACUGAUAGAUGCUUACACGCAUUUGCUUAAAGCUGAUUUCCCCUGCAAUUAUGAUCUAAAAUGAUAAACAGGAGAUAACUGUAAUCAGGUGCAAAAUACUUUCAAAUAUAUUUUUUUCAAAAGACUAAUAAUCUAAAUGCCUAGAUUUAAUGGCUUCCUGGUGGUGACAUAUUUGCCUUGAAAAGGGUUCGCUAAUGACAUCCUGUCUGAUGUGGUUGGAGGUGUUGCCUGCAUCACCGCUUCACUAUACCACUAUACCAUGUGCUAGAGUCUUGGUCUGACACAUGGUCAAAAAAGGCCCAUGUCAUCAGAACCACAAUACAUAGAUCCUGUAAAUACGUUUUGUCCCCUAGCUAACAACAGGUUUGGAAUACAAAUAAGGAAAUAAGUGAACCCCCUACUUCUGAAGAAAAUGUCAUAUUUGUGAAUAAACAGAGGGACAUUCACAUACUGAAAUGGGCUUCUUCAUUUUAUUUUAAACUUUGCAGGCAUCAGAAAAAGACAGAAAACAGAGAUCAUUCAAGCGUCCCUUAAUUAGGGAGUUUCUCCACCUAACAGAGCAUCGUCUUGAUUUGUCCCGCUGGAUAGCAUGUGACAGUAAUGUCACUAAUAUGAGAAUUUAGUGCAGCAUAUCCACUCUAGAUCAUCAAGGGUCUCUGCUAAUAUUUAUUAUCCUCCAUUCCAGAAUACCUCUGGAUUUCAAAAGGUGUUUGUUGUGUACUGCCUGCAAAAAUACUUACCGGGUGCAUAAUAUGUAGAGGACAACUUUGGCCUUUGAAAUUCUCUCCUUCAGACUUGUGAGUGUGAAUGACUAGCUGGUCACUGCAUUGCUUGCUCUGAUGUGUUGUGUGAGCUACGAAAGACAGCUCUGUUCACACAAGCAUACAGCCAAAAGCCAGAGGCUCUUGACCCUGGAGCAAGAUCCCAUUUGUAAGAUGCUAGAUGCAAUAACUGCAAUUCUUGCAACAGCUAAAGUGCCAUGCAAGGAGAAGACAAGACUACAGUAUCUCGCUUUAAAAGUCCACUGCCAUCAAAAGCUAAAUUUUUUUUUUACUGUAGGCCUAUCAGUUAUCCUGUUGAUCUAACACCAUGUCAAUUAUUUUUAAAAUAUAAGAGAGAUAUUACAUAUUUCUCCCGAAGUCCAAAACACAUCUCCAAACAACCCCAAGUAAUAUAGAUGAUCAAAGACUACUCCGUUUUUAAUGUCAAAAGCAUGGAUAUGCCAAGCCAUUAUGCUUUGCUGCAAGGAAAGGAUUUCUAUUUUGAGUGUGGUUUUAUCCUCCAGAGCAUGUUUGUUUAUCUUUUUAUUUGUUUCUAUGGUUGCAAACUGCUGUCAUUCUGCAGCCAGUCAUGCUACAUAUCUGGCUGUCUGAUGGUAAUGCUGUGACCCCCAUCUCUUCUUCUGUGGUAUAGGCGCAUUUGAGGUGUGGUCUGGGUCAGUGUGUAAUAUUGUGUAAUAUUGUAAAACUUUCUUUUUUGUGGUCUACUCAGUCUAAUUUUAUUCUUUUUUUUUGUUUGAUGUCUCAGUUUUGAUUAUCAGGAGAGACAAAUGAAGGCGGAAAAAAAAACAUUAAAGACAGUUUUGUUACAAUCAAGUACUGUUUAGUAGUUUUUAUGUUGUUUUUAUGUUUGCCCUCAUAACAAGCAAAACUCAUACAUUGUCACAGUAGUAAAAGUAUUUUCAUAUUGAUUAUCCAAA